UCAAAAUCAUGUUAAUAAAAACCGACGUAAGAGAAGAACAUAAACAGAAGCUAUAAACCCCCAGCUGAGCUCUCUGCUUAUUGGGAAGCAAAGGAAAUGGAAUAAUCUCAUAAAAAAAGGUCUUGCAUUGUCUUAGCCAAGUUUGUGAAUAAUUAACAUAAAAAUCAUGGCUUUAGGGAAGUACACCCGGGUAGAAGGGAGGAAAUCAUCCAAUUGUUGUUCAACAAUCAGUGUUGUUGUGUUUGUUGCAUUUUGCUUAGUUGGGAUUUGGGUGUUCAUGUCAUCCACAGUCCCAGAUGAGGAUCAAGAAGAAGUACCAUCCUUGGACAACACCGUAAAUGAUGUGACGAAACAACAUGUCGUUGCUGAUGACAAUCCCAAGCAAUUUGAAGACACUUCUGGUGAUGAGUCUCAAACAUCCGAGGGAAGUCAAGAAGAAACGCCAAUAUCAGUGGAAGUAGAAUCUGCUAGUGAUUCCAAUGAGAAAAGAGAUGAAAGUGAGAGGGCCGAAUCAGAAGAGAUCAGAGAGGAGAUUGGUGAUGAAACAAAGCAGAUUAGCCUACCUUUUGCUGAUCAGGAGAAUGUUGAACAGAAAACUCAUCAGGAGGGAAGUGAUUCCCAUGAUAAUGUGGAAGAACCCGAGGCAAAAGGCGAUAUCGAGGCUUCAGAACUUCUGAAGGAAACCAGAGUUGAGAAUAAUGGGGGAUGGUCUACUCAAGCUGUGGAGUCACAGAAUGAGAAGAGAUCACAACAUAAUUCAAUCUCCAACAAUAACCGAAAUGGCAUUUCGUGGAGGCUAUGUAAUGUCACGGCGGGACCGGACUACAUUCCUUGUUUGGACAACUGGGAAGCUAUAAGAAAUCUUCCAAGUACAAAGCACUAUGAACAUAGAGAGAGGCACUGCCCUGAUGAGCCUCCCACAUGUCUUGUUCCUCUGCCUGAAGGGUAUAAACGACCGGUCAAGUGGCCAACAAGCAGGGACAAGAUAUGGUACAAUAAUGUUCCUCACAUCAAGCUUGCAAAGGUCAAGGGCCACCAGAAUUGGGUCAAAGCAAGUGGUGAAUACCUUACUUUUCCUGGAGGUGGAACCCAGUUUAAGAAUGGAGCUCUCUACUACAUUGAUUUCAUUCAAAAAACUCUUCCUAAUAUCGCAUGGGGAAAAAGAAGCCGUGUGAUUUUAGAUGUUGGGUGUGGGGUGGCCAGCUUUGGAGGUUAUCUAUUUGAAAGAGAUGUUCUCACGAUGUCGUUGGCCCCCAAGGACGAGCAUGAAGCACAAGUGCAAUUUGCACUAGAACGGGGAAUCCCUGCUAUAUCAGCCGUUAUGGGCACCAAGAGACUACCCUUGCCUGGUGCUGUGUUUGACAUUGUCCACUGCGCUCGCUGUAGGGUUCCUUGGCACAUUGAAGGUGGUAAACUUCUACUAGAAUUGGACCGCGUCUUGAGACCAGGUGGUUACUUUGUUUGGUCCGCUACUCCGGUUUAUCAAUCACUUCCGGAAGAUGUUGAAAUUUGGAAAGCCAUGACUAAACUAACAAAAUCAAUGUGCUGGGAUCAACUGGAAGUUAAAAGGGACAAACUAAAUGAAGUGGCUGCAGCAAUAUAUAGAAAACCGACCUCCAACAAGUGUUAUUCUAAUAGACCAGAAAACAAGCCCCCGCUCUGCAGUAACUCUGAUGACCAAAAUGCAGCCUGGAAUGUACCACUAGAGGCGUGCCUGCACAAAAUGCCGGAGGAAGCAUCAAAGCGAGGGUCUCGCUGGCCCAAUGAGUGGCCUUUGAGAUUGGAGAAACCUCCUUACUGGUUAAAGUCUGAGGUUGGAGUCUAUGGCAAAGCUGCCCCAGAAGAUUUUGCUGCAGACUACAAGCGCUGGAAAAACGUAGUUUCGGAGUCAUACUUGGAAGGAAUGGGAAUUAGCUGGUCUUCUGUGAGGAAUGUCAUGGACAUGAGAGCUGUAUAUGGAGGGUUUGCUGCUGCACUGAAAGACUUGAAAGUGUGGGUUAUGAAUGUAGUCCCAAUUGAUUCUCCAGACACACUUCCAAUAAUAUAUGAGCGUGGUUUGUUUGGGAUAUAUCAUGAUUGGUGUGAAUCCUUCAGUACAUACCCAAGAUCUUAUGAUCUCCUCCAUGCAGAUCAUCUCUUUUCACUUCUUAAAAAAAGGUGCGAGUUAAGGGGAGUGAUAGCAGAAGUUGAUAGGAUUCUAAGGCCGGAUGGAACACUGAUCGUUCGAGAUGGUGUCAAAACUGUAAACGAGGUGGAAAACAUGGCUAAGUCUCUCAAGUGGAAUGUCAGAUUGGUUUUUUCAAAUAACAAGGAAGCUUUGCUUUGUGUUCAGAAGACAAUUUGGCGUCCAAAACAGACAGAAACCAUAUUUUCAGCCAUUGCUUAAGCUUAAGCCUGGCUUCUUAAUUUAUCUCUGUCCUUAAAAGAGGCUUCCAUAGGGCUCUUUUGCUUGGUCUAGCAUUUUAAUCAUAAUGAUGCAGUAUUUUAUAGAUAAAAGAAAUUACAUGUAGUUUAUUAUUUAUGAAGCAGCUCCAAUGCCGUUAUA